AUGUCUGCGGUAGUGUGCGGCAAGAGGUCCUCCAUCUUCAGCGACGAUCUUGUAGCUUCCCCUUCCUCCCCUCCGUCCCCUUCCCACCACCAUCACCCCGCCAAGCGGGCCCGCUGCUCCCCGUCCCGCCGGAGGGAGGUUCUGCUCCACCACCACCUCCUCCCGCUCUUCCCCGACAUGGAUCCCCAGUUGCUUGAAAAAGCUCUUGAGGCCUCUGGAGAUGAUUUGGACUGCGCAAUAAAGAGAUUAAACGAGCUGCGCCUGGAGUCAGCUGGGCCUAUGCUAUCUGCCACUGUUUUUUGCGAAUCUGAGAAGGGCAUAUCAUCAGCUCUUAAGUUAUCGGCUGAAGGUACCACCAGCAAUGGCCAUUUGGACGUAGCUACAGAAAACCCACCGGCAACUGAUAACUCUCAGACAAAUCAUCAUAGCUCUGAAUGGGUUGAGCUGUUUGUCAAAGAGAUGAUGAGCUCCUCCGACAUAGAUGAUGCACGAGCUCGUGCAUCCAGGGCUUUGGAGGUGUUUGAAAAAUCCAUCAUGGAUCGAGUUGGAGCUGAAGCAGUGCAGAAUUUGCAUAGGGAAAAUGUGAUGCUAAAGGAUCAACUGGCAAUAAUUCUCCGAGAGAAUGCUGUUCUGAAGCGGGGCGUUGCGAUACAGCAUGAACGCCAAAAAGACUUUGAUGCGAGGACUCAGGAAGUCGACAGCCUGAAACAGUUGGUAUUGCAGUAUCAGGAGCAGCUGAAAACUCUUGAGAUAAAUAAUUAUGCACUUAGUGUGCAUUUGAAGCAGGCUCAGCAGAACAAUUCUAUGCCUGGACGUUUCCCGCCUGAUGUCUUCUAA